AUGGGACUCCAGUUUCCACUUCACUUCAUAAAAACUGCAAUGAACUAUGUAAGAACAUCCAGAUUCUCUAUCAUGUUUAAUGGUUCUAUACAUGGUUUCUUUGAGACAAAAAGGGUUCUAAGACAGGGAGAUCCCAUGUCUCCGCUAUUGUUUGUACUUGGCAUGAAAUACUUAUCACGAAUACUUAAAGAGGUUGGAGAAAAAAGAGAUUUUCACUAUUAUGAGAGAUGCUCAGAAUUGAAGAUUAAUCAUCUGGCAUUUGCAGAUGAUGUAAUGCUAUUCUGCAAAGGAGAUUUCAAAAGCAUCUUUUAUAUGCUUCAGGGAUUGAAAUUGUUCUCAAUUUCGUCUGGUGUACCCAUUUGUGCUAAAAGAAUUUCUGAGAAUGAAUGCAUUGCUUUGGCUGAAAAGAUGACUACACGAAUAAGAACCUGGAGUUCCAAGAAUCUUUCUUUUCCAGCUAGAAUUGUCUUAAUCAAUUCAGUGCUCAUGGCUAUUCAUGCAUAUUGGUGCCAAGUGCUCAUUUUGCCUAAGAAAGUGGUAAGGCAACUGGAAUCAAUAUGCAAAGCUUUUCUAUGGAAAGGCCAAGCUUGUGCAACAAGGCCAGGUCUAAUAGCUUGGGAGUCAUUAUGCCAAUCUAAAGCUGCUGGUGGACUUGGCUUCAGGAAAAUUCACGAAUGGAACCAAGCUGCGAUGGGAAAGUACAUCUGGGCAAUUGCUCAAAAGCAGGAUAGCCUUUGGUUGAAGUGGAUUAAUAUUGUCUACCUCAAGGAUCAUGAAUGGUGGAGUUACAAGGCUCCUACUCAGAGUAGUUGUAUCUCUACGGCCUGUUUACAGGGGAUCAAGGAUUGGCUUUCCUGGCAUGUUGCAGCUGAUACUAUGCUUACUUUAACCAGGUGGAUUGGGAGAUCAAAGAUAAGCAAGUUUAGGAAAAAUGUCCAAGCUGCUGCUCUUGUUUGUCUGGUAACGGAACGUCUACCAGUACUCAUCAAGAGCAAUGGACAAUGGAAUGAAGAUCACAAUGGUGUGAACUAUGUGGCUAGUGGAGAAUUGAUACCAACAAAAUGCAAGUACGAAGAGCUACUGCAAAUACUGCUUACUUCAUUGGGUUGCGAAAAUACCAGCACAACACUACAAAUACAGUACCAAGCUAAAGAAGGAAUACCACCGAUCAAAAUAUGCAACGAUCGAAGCCUCUACUUUUACUUGGAAUUGAAAAUGAAGGAAACAGAUUUCACUACAUAUCCACUAUGUGUCAACCAGCAAAACAACAACACAACACCUGCUGCAACACCAAAUUCGAUAUCCACAACAACAUCGUAUAAAUAUAAUGUGGAAAUGAUCGAAAACAACACAACAACACUUGAAAACAACAUAACAACAACAGAAUCAUACACAACGGGACAACAAACAGAAGAAGGGGAAAAGUCAGAAACAAUAGAAGAUGAGGAGGAAAAAUUCGACAUAAUUGACUAUGCAAAUCUGGUUGCUGAAGAAAUGGUAGAACAACUUGAAAACACCAGUAAAAAACUGGAUCCAGAAAUCGACAUCAACAAUGCAAAGUUAAUAACAGACAAGCAACACCCCGAAGUGGAAAAAGGACAGGCAUACAAAGACAAAGAAACUCUAAAAAAUGUCCUCAGCUACUACGCAAUCAAAAACAACUUUCAGUACAAAGUGUGGAAGUCCUGCUCUCAAGAGUACAGUCUGAAAUGUGUUUACGAAAGCUGCAAUUGGUCACUAAGAGCAUCGAGAAAUGGCCCAACAAACACAUUCAUAAUCAGGAGGUUCUCAAAUAUGCACACAUGCCCCAUAAAUAUUAGGCAUGAAGACCAAAGGCAAGCAACAUCGAAACUGAUAGGGGAAUGCAUAAAACCGAAGUUCUUGAACAUAAAGACCAAGGCAACAGCGAUGGACAUAAAAGGGGAGUUGAAAUACAGAUAUGGCAUCAAAAUGAACUAUAUGAAAGCUUGGAGAAGUAAGGAACAUGCAGUAAACGACUUGAGAGGUAAUGCUAGUGACUCGUACAGCCUAAUACCGAGUUUCUUACACAUGGUGGAAAAAACAAACCCUGGAUCAUUUGUCGAUCUGAAAACGGCAGAAGACAACAGCUUGCUCUUUGUUUUCAUGGCGUUGGAUGCAUCCAUAAAAGGGUGGGGAGCAUGCAGACCGAUAGUUGUUGUGGACGGAACGUUCCUCAAAGCAGCUUAUGGGGGAACUUUUUUGUGCGCAUGCACACAAGAUGCAGCAGGUCAUAUUUUUCCACUAGCGUUUUGUGUUGCAGAUUCUGAGAAUGACCAAUCUUGGAAAUGGUUCUUCAAAAAAUUUAAAGAAGCGUAUGGGGUACGGGAACACCAAUGCCUAAUUUCAGACAGAAAUGAAAGCCUCAUCAAAGCAGCGAGAGAAAUCUAUCCAGAAAUUGCACACGAUUCUUGCGGUUACCACAUUUUGAGCAACCUUAAAACAAGCUUCAAACAACAUGCUGCCAAAUACAAUCUGCCAUUCUUUGGAGCAGUCAAAGCCUACACAGAAAAGCAAUUCGAGUUCCACAUGGCUGAAUUGGAUGGAUUGGACAAACGCAUAAGACCUUACCUAAAAAAAAUCGGGUAUGAAAAGUGGUCAAGAAUUCAUAGCCAAAACAAGAGGUAUUCUACAAUGACCUCAAACAUAUCAGAAUCACUGAACGCUGCAAAUUUGGCAGCAAGGGAGCUACCAAUUACAACGCUGCUAGAAUGCUUGAGAGCAUUGGUGCAACAAUGGACGCAUACCAAUAGGACAAAAGCACACAACACCUUCACUAAGCUAUCACCAACUGGAGAAGACAUACUGUUGAAAAAUUACACAUACUCAUUGAAUCUGGAGGUAAAAUAUUAAUUAUGCUUCUUUUUUUUUUAAAAAAAAAAAAACAAA